GUGGCAUUCAGCCCAAGCAGAGCAUCUCAGCACUUACUCCCCAGGCAAACUGUCAGGCCGGUCCUGGAAGCUGACGAAAUAUUUAGGAGCGGACAAUGAUUGGGAAAUCUUACUUCCUGCUAUUACUUCUUCAAGGCGUGGCGACAGAAGAAUGGACAAUGACAACUGCAGCUCGGAAGGCUAUCAAUGGUUCAUGUGUGGUCAUACCCUGUACCUUUGACUUUCCGUCACACCCUUACAAGGCCGUGCAGGGAGCUUGGUUUAAAUACUGGUAUCACUGGAAAUACGCUGUCGUCUACAGCAAUGACCCCAAUUAUGGGAUGUCCACCUUUGUUGGACGUACAGAUAUAAUUGGAGACUUGGAGCAGAAGGAUUGCUCCUUGAAAAUUAACAACCUCAGGCCUGAAGACAGUGACAACUAUUAUUUUUAUGUGGAUGUGGAAGGAUUCGAAGUUCACACCUUCAAAGAACCAGUCCAUCUAAAGGUUCUAGAUGUUCCUGACCGUCCGAAGAUGUUACUCCCGAGGGAUUUACGGGAAGGGACGUCAGCUUAUAUCAUCUGUAAAGCCCUCCACACCUGCCCUGAUAACCCUCCCAAACUGACCUGGAGUGACCUGCCCUCUUCCUCAGUCAGUGACACCACAGAGAGCGAGGGCGAGAUUUUUACAGUGCUGACCUUUAACCCUUCAUACAUUCAUCACCAUCAAACUGUCCGCUGUAUUUGUGACUACCCUCAAACCAACCACCGAGUGUUCAACUCGGUCACCUUGAGUGUGAAGUAUUCUCCCUGCAAUACGUCUGUCAGAAUGACAACAGGAAAAGGAAAGACCAUUUCUCUAAGUUGUUCCGGUGAUGGGAAUCCAGCAGUCCACAGAUUCAGCUGGUUUAAGAUCUCCCAAGGGAAGGUCACUGAUCUGACAUUAUCUGGUCAAACUAGAUCUGUUCCUUAUGGAUUUGAGGUGGAUAUUUCCGACUACAAUGUAGCAACAAACAGCCCGGGCAGCUCACAGUCUCUCCCUGUCCAGAUUCCCAUAGAAUAUGGACCACGGAAUCUCUCAAUUACUUCUCCUCAUAUAAUUAAAGAUUCAUCAAUCAAUAUAAAUGAGGGGAAUUCUGCAGUGAUAAUCUGCUCUGUUGAGAGCUUCCCAGCUUCUAACCUGAUGUGGAGAUAUCUUAAUGUCACAAUGAACAAAACAAGUUCCAACAACGAGCUUUGGUUGGAGAUUCCUCACAUUGCGUACAGUGAGACUGGAGACUAUCAGUGUGUGGCAGAGAAUGCACAUGGAGCAGUGGAGGGCUCUAUAACCAUCACUUUGGAAUAUGCACCACAGAAUCUCUCAAUUACUUCUCCUCAUAUAAUUCAAGAUUCAUCUAUCAAUAUAAUUGAGGGGAAUUCUGCAGUGAUAAUCUGCUCUGUUGAGAGUUUCCCAGCUUCAAACCUGACGUGGAGACAUCUUAAUGUCACAAUGAACAGGACAAGUUCCAACAAUGAGCUGUGGUUGGAGAUUCCUCUCAUUACAUCCAGGGAGACUGGAGACUAUCAGUGUGUGGCAGAGAAUGAAUAUGCAACAGAGGAGGGCUUCAUUAGCAUCACUGUGCAAUAUGCACCACGGAAUCUCUUAAUUACUUCUCCUGUUGUGAUUGAAAAUUCAUCAAUCAAUAUAACAGAGGGGAAUUCUGCAGUGAUAAUCUGCUCUGUGAACAGCUUCCCAGCUUCUAACCUGACGUGGAGGCAUCUUAAUGUCACAAUGAACAGUACAAGUUCCGACAAUGAGGUGUGGUUGGAGAUUCCUCACGUUACAUACAGGGAGACUGGAGACUAUCAGUGUGUGGCAGAGAACGAACAUGGAGCAGAAAACAGCUUCGUAACCAUCAAUGUGCAAUAUGCCCCACGGGAGACCAGAGUGUCCACCAGUGGAGCCUCAGGUGGGAUCAGAGAGGGAAACGACGUCACACUAACCUGUUCCAGUGAAAGUGCCCCGUCGAUAUCUCAUUACACCUGGUUCAGGAUCGAGGGAAACACCAGCACCCAAUUAAACACAAGCAGCCGGAUUCUCUCCUUCACUCCAGUCACACGGGGGGAUGAUGCAGGUUUCUACUGCACAGCAACAAACCCAUUGGGUGACAGCAGCUCCAACACAACCCACCUGAAUGUGGGAUAUGGUCCAGAGCUUUCCCAGGAGUCGGAAUGUGCUUGGAGGGCAGAUGGGAUCACCUGCGUUUGUGUGGCCAACUCAAACCCUCCUGGACACCUCACUUGGCACCUGUCCCAUGCCAACCUCAGUGGUAACCAAACACACGGAGGUUUUGAGUCACAGCAGCUCAGAGCGGGCCAUCUGGUGAUGGGCUCUCUGUUCCUUAUGGGACAUCAGGAUGAAGAGGAAGUGAUGGCAUCAUGCUCGGUUCGAAACCCACAUGGGGCAACCAUGUUCAAGCUGCAUCUUUGGGUCAAAGGGAGAGACUCCAAUAAAUGGAAAGUGGGAUUGGUCAUGGCUGGAAUCAUGCUGAAUGUUUUCCUGGCUGGAAUAUUAAUCUUCCUGUGUGUGCGCAAGAGAAAGACAGCGACUGAGGAGACAGCAUCAAAGACCAAUGAGAUUGGAUUGACCUACAGUCAACUCUCUGUGAAACACCAGGGUUCACAGAACAUGGUGGUUACUGACCUUCAGAACACAACCAGGGACACAACUAGAGAGGGAGAGACAUCAGGUCCCCAGGAUGUCUUUGAUGGUGCAGUGGGCAGAGAUACUGGACACCAAGACAGACCUUCUCCAAGCCAACAUCAACUUUAUUAAGCUACCCAGCGGUGAUGAGACUGUGCACAGGGACAUGGACACAGAAUACACACAGAUCAGAUUCUAGCCAAACAGAGAGAAACGCAGUGGGGGGUGGGGAGGGGGUGGGGGUGGUGUUAGAGGUGCAUGCAGCCAAAAUGAUUGAACAACACUGACAAGAAAAUGGCGUUGCUCAAUUUUGUUGUUAGUUCUAAACAUGCUUUCAAAAUGCUGCACCUUUUUCAUGCCGUCAGAGAUUGCACGAAGCUUAUGAAUAAUUUUACAUGUACUAGUAGAAGCAGUUGUGAUGAAACUUUACAAUAUAUGUUAUCACUAUUUGGGAACUUUGGUUCUAUAAUGGAAGAAUGAUAGAAGUUUAUUCAGACGAAAGCAGCCUAUAACAGAAGUGCUCUUCACAGCAGCCUCCAAAGCAGCAGCACUGUGAGAAAAUGAUCUGAAGAUGGUGAAAUUUUAAUUCCAAAUAAAAUAUGCCCAAUGAUGAUCAUGAAA